GUUUCACUCAAAGAUGGCGGCAGCUCGCGAGCCUCCGCUCUCUCCGCCUGCGCUUUCGGGCUCGUCGUUGUCGUCGCGCGCGUCUCCCGUGCUCCCCGCCACGUCCUCCCCGGCGGCUCGGCCCCGGAUUCCGGGUUCAAGAGCAGCCGAGAUGAGUUUGCCGUAAAGGCGAUCGUCCAUCGUCGCACCCGGGACUGAGAGCUCCGUUCUGGACCUUUUAAAUCCUUCACCGAAAGCAGGAACUGCUGGAUUUAAAUUUUUUUCUUCUUUCUUCGUCUUUUCUUUUUUUUUUUCCUUUCUUUUUUUUUUUUUAUACUACAUCGUAACUGAAGACGUUUUUGGGAUGAUAACACUACAAACCUAAUUCCGGAGAGAUUAAAAGAUUGUUCUGGACCCGGUGUGGAGUUUUGUGUGGAGUUCACAGGUUUUCUGAUUAAAAAAAAAAAAAAAAAAAAUCUUGGGAGUCUUGACGUGGAACGAGGGGCUUUCUGGGAUUUUUAGGAUAAUUUCUCCGGGAUGGGGGGGUAUCAGGCGGAGUUUAUGCUAUGGUGAUCAGCCUCCUUUCUGAUUCUUUGCGCUGCGGCUUUGAGGGAUUCACCACACGGGACAAAGGAUAGUAAACUGAAAGAGACGAGAGAGGAGGAGGAACAGGAGGAAGAGGCGGCUCCAGGGCUGCUAAGGCCUCUGAGAGUGUGUGCAAGUGUGUUUGUGUUUCUGUCUUUAAGUGUGUGCCAGGCCCAAACACAGUCAUGGUGAAGCUGGCAAACCCGCUGUACACGGCCUGGAUCCUGGAGGCCAUCAAGAAGGUGAAAAAGCAGAAGCAGCGUCCGUCGGAGGAGCGCAUCUGUAACGCCGUGUCCACGUCCCACGGCCUCGACCGGCAGACCGUCCUCGAGCAGCUGGAACUCAGCGUUCAGGAUGGCACCGUCCUCAAAGUCUCCAACAAGGGCCUCAACUCCUACAAGGACCCCGACAACCCCGGACGGCUCGUCCCGCCCAAGCCCAAGGGUGGAGUCGGUACGGGAGGAGGCGGGAGCGGGGCAUCCAAGAAGGCCGCGCUGGACUGGAACAAGCUAAUCCGGCGCGCCCUGGAGGGGCUGCAUGAGUCCGGAGGCUCGUCCCUCAGGAGCAUCGAACGCUUUCUCAAGUGCCAGGCGGACGUGGCGAGUCAGCUGACGGGCGCAACAGCCCCCAGGAUCUUCCACCAGCAGCUCAGGCUGGCGCUGAAACGGGCCGUCGGGCAUGGGCGUGUCCUGAAACACGGCCCGCUGUUUAGACUCGCCAACAGCAGCGAUGGAAGCGAUGGCGGUGACGGGCGUGUGGCGCUGGAGUCUCUGCCUCCUGUACGUCUGCUGCCUCACGAGAAAGAUCGGCCUGUGGCCGAGCCCAUUCCCAUCUGCAGCUUUUGUUUGGGGACCAAGGAGCAGAAUCGGGUCAAAGAGCCGGAGGAGCUCAUCUCCUGCGCCGACUGCGGAAACAGCGGUCAUCCGUCCUGUCUGAAGUUCUCCCCGGAGCUGACGGCCCGAGUGAAGGCCCUGUGGUGGCAGUGCAUCGAGUGUAAAACCUGCAGCAGCUGUCAGGACCAGGGCAAAAACGCGGAAAAUCUGUUGCUAUGUGACUCCUGCGAUCGAGGUUUCCACAUGGAGUGUUGCGACCCCCCACUGACACGGAUGCCAAAAGGUAUGUGGAUCUGUCAGAUAUGUCGGCCGAGGAAAAAGGGGCGAAACGUCUUACACGAGAAAGCAGCACAAAUCAAGCGGCGGUACAACGCCCCCCUGAGUCGACAGAAGGGCAGACCGGGUCGCCCCUUCAAGAAACUCAGAGGGAGUGGGCGUGGCCGGCGGCGGCGGGGCAUGGGGCCGAGUCACUCGCGCGGCUCCGCCUCCCCUCACUCGUCCUCGAGUUCGUCGUGCGACGGCUACCUGGGCGACGGUUACCCGGGCGACGAUCGGCUCCUGUUCUCGCGGCGGGACGAGGAGGACGAGUCUCAGGGCUCGGCUCGAUUUAACAGGAAGACCAAAGGGUUGAUCGACGCCCUGAGCAAGUUUUUCACGCCGUCGCCGGACGGACGCAAAUCCCGCGCCGAGUCGCUCGACUACGCACAGCAGCACCGCAUCCGCAAGAAGAGCGGCCGGAAAUCAGACCUGCACCAGCGCACAGGGGACAAUCAAGAUUGCAGCGAUGACUGGAAGGAGGACGAGGAGAAGCUGCCUGGACACGAGAACCUGACGGAGAAGGACGUGGAGCUUUUCAGACACAUCCAGGAGCUGGCACUACAGAAAGUUGGUGUGACGGGGCCUCCGGAUUCACAGAUGCGCUGUCCGUCCGUCAUCGAGUUCGGGAAGUACGAGAUCCAGACGUGGUACUCGUCACCGUACCCUCAGGAGUACAGCAGACUUCCUAAGCUCUACCUAUGCGAGUUCUGUCUGCGCUACAUGAAGAGCCGCAGCAUCCUGUACCAGCACAUGCGCAAGUGCACGUGGUUUCACCCGCCCGCCAACGAGAUCUACAGGAAGGACGACGUCUCCGUGUUUGAGGUCGAUGGGAACGUCAGCACAAUAUACUGUCAGAACCUCUGUCUUCUCGCCAAGCUCUUUUUGGACCACAAGACUCUCUACUAUGACGUGGAACCGUUCCUUUUUUACGUGCUCACGCAGAACGACUCCAAAGGAUGUCAUCUGGUUGGAUACUUCUCCAAGGAGAAACAUUGCCAGCAAAAGUACAACGUGUCCUGCAUCAUGAUUCUUCCACAGUACCAGCGCAAGGGCUACGGACGCUUCCUCAUUGACUUCAGUUACCUGCUGUCUAAGCGGGAAGGCCAGCCCGGGUCUCCAGAGAAGCCUCUGUCCGAUCUGGGCCGCCUGUCCUACAUGGCUUACUGGCGGAGCGUUGUGCUCGAGUGCCUGCACGAGGUGCGAGACCGAAAGCUCACCAUCCGCCGCCUCAGCAAGAUCACCGGCAUCUGCCCUCAGGACAUCACGGCCACUCUGCAGAGUCUGAACAUGCUUGAGCACAGAGGGGACCGACUGGUUCUGGUUCGCAGGGAAAAGGUGGUGUCGUCUCACAUGGCCCGUCUUCGUGCCCGACCUCGGCUCCUGGAAGUCGACCCGGACUGCCUACGGUGGACGCCUGUCAUUGUCGCCAACCCUGUGUUGUCUGAUGAAGAUGGGGACGAAGACGACGAUGAGGAUGAAGAAGAAGAUGGAGAGAAGGAAAAUAACAAAGAUGUGAAAUCAAAUCGCAAAAGUUCACCGCUGCCAUGGAAUGCAAAAAUAGACAAGGAGGACAAUGAAGAAAAAAAGUGCUUCCCAACAUUUCCCAGGAAUCAAAGCUCCCCAACCUUAUCCCCAAUACGCCACACUCUGCCGAGCCCUGAAGCCACGCCCCUUCAAGCUAAUGGGGAGCGCCGGGGCCGUGGCCGGCCUCCUAAAAAUUGGCCGUGGGGCAAAGUCAAAGAUCAACCUCGUCCCGGUCCAGGGCGACCCCGGAAAACCAGGCCCAAAGACGACGAUGAUGACGAAUAUCAAUCUCCAAACAAAAUGACGCCAGUAUCCAUGUCUCCAUCAUCUGUCUUUACCUCUGAGAAGGAAUCGAACUGUACAGGACGGCUGAUGGGGGAUUCAAGGCACUCUUCACUUCCUCAGCCACGCAACAGAGGGCGCCCUGCACGGAAAAGAGGAGGCCCCAAGCGAAGGCUGAGCGAGGAGUCAGGAGAUGAUGUGCCCUCGUUAACCACGGCAGCUAGACUGAGCGAGUCUCCGGUCCCUCGUUCUUGCUCGAGUGAAACCAGUGAGGACGAUGCUGACUACAAUGAAGACAUGGGUGCCUGCUCUCCUCCUGUCCUAACCAAGCCAACAUUAGGGCUUAAAAGCAAGAAACUUCCCCGUAAAAGGCGCAUACGUCAGCGUAGCCACCCGCACAGCAGUGUGGUGACAGAAACCAUUUCGGAAACCACCGAAGUUCUCGAUGAGCCUUUCGUAGACUCAGAUUCUGAGAGACCCAUGCCCCGGUUGGAGGAGGAGACCCCGUUUGGUCACAGCCUCCGCUGUUACCCACCUGCCCGCAAACAUUUGGACGCUGCGCUUAAAACAGUUCGCCCUACCAACCUCUCUGAGUCUGAUGAUGAUGAUCACACUCCUGUGCUGAAACCAGUCAGUGGCCUGAGAAGGCCGGAGGAGACGGCAUCAUUAGAAAGAGUGGAGCCCUCUACCCUGACACCGGCGGUCCCCUUAAAAAAGAAGAAAGGCUGGCCUAAGGGAAAGAGCCGUAAGCCCCAGAACUGGGCAACAGGCCUUGGUAGGAAGCCAGGAAGUGGGUCUGGAGACCAGAAUGCUGAUAACAGUUUUACAGCCCAGUCCUCAGAAGAGCCUCCGAGACGAAGUGUCCAGAGCAAACCUGGCAGGAAGCGUAGGAAUCAUUACCCCCAACAGGCUCAGAGUGUGGGUGCCCGAGAAGAGCUGAACAGAAGCCACAUGUCUCAAUUCCAUUCAGAAAAGCCAGAGGACCGAACUUUCAAGAGGAGACUUCCGACAUCUGAUCUCGAAUGCGAAAAGCGUAAGGGCUCUGAUGAGGAAGGCGCUUUUUCUCAUCAAAUGAGAGAACAGCCUAAGCCCAGGAGACGAGGUCGGCCACCAAAAAAACCAAACCUUGAACCUCCUGUUUCCAAACCAGCACCCGUCUCUGAGCCAGAGGAGGAAGAAGAGGAAGAUCAAGCAUGGUCUGAAGAGAAGCCAAGCCUUUCACCUUCUUGCACCGUAUCCCAGGCCUCUGGUUCCCGCGUUCCUCAAAACAAAGAUGGUGACAUGGCAAACGAAGAGGAGGAUGAGGAAAAAGAGGAUGAGGAUCAAAAUUCGGGCAACAGGAGAACAGGCACAAUGCCAAGCUCAGGAAGCCGGCGAAGCGACGAUCAUGAUGCAGAUGACGAAGGAGAUGGUCGACUGGAGGAGAAAAGUGAUGCUGACAAACGGAGAAAAAACCAGGACUCAGAGGAUGACGAUGAAGAGAUGGAAGAAGAGGAGGAGGAGGAACCGUCAUCCCCUCCACGAUCGCCACCUGUUAAAGAAGAACCGCAGAGUGGGGAAGGUUUUUUAGACAUGCAAGAGAGUGGGUCACGGGAGUAUAUCCACAAGCAGGAAGAGGUGGAAGAUGAGGAUGAGGAAGAUGAGGUCCAAGAGGUAAAGACCCGCUCUGUUGACUCACAGGAUGAAAGGCGGCGACGGGAACAGGAGGAAUCUGCAGCUGCAGCUGCUGCUGUGGAGACUGUGACUUCCAUUGCAAUUCCUUCUGAUCCCCCACACAUGCAAUCAAUGGAUAGCAAGUCUGACCUGCUGAUGGAGACCGAGCACCCUCAUGCAAAUUCCGAGUUCAAGGACGAGUUGACCCAACAUUCGCAUGACCACCACCACAGCAGUGAGCUAGACCUCGAGACGGUCCAGGCUGUUCAGUCCCUCACACAAGGAGAGGCCCAGGACGAGGAACCUGAGCCGCACGGUGCUUACCAGGACUGUGAAGAGACACUAGCUGCCUGUCGAACCCUGCAGAACUAUAGCCAUGGGGAGGGAGAGGAGGAAUCUCUUGCCCUGGUGGAAGAUUGUGGUGCCUCCCAACAUAGCAGCCCUAUGCCCAACCCUCCCAUGCCCCCUUUAGCCAGUCAAUCUGUACGCUCAGUCAACAGCCCUGGAAUGACUCCAGGACCUCUUGAAAGUGGACCAGGUGUGUCUGGUUCAGCCGGUGGAAAUGGUGGAGGCUACACACAAAUAACUCCAGAGCACCCUAGCUCGCUUUCAGCACCAUCGUUGCAGAACAUGGAAACGUCACCCAUGAUGGACGUGCCAUCCGUGUCUGAUCAUUCUCAACAGGUGGUGGACAGCGGUUUUAGUGACUUGGGCAGCAUUGAGAGUACCACAGAGAACUAUGAUAACCCCAGUAGUUAUGACUCCACUAUGGGUGGAGGAGGUGGCAGUGGUGGGAACAGUGGCAGCGGAAGCAGCAUGUCUGUUACGGUAGCGGCUGUCUCAUCUGCAUCUUCUUCGUCAACUACUCCAUCCUCUUCUUCCUCACAAGGCAAUAGCUGUUCAUUUGUGUCCACUCCUGGCAUGUCGUCUUCCAGUGCUUCUGUCGGAUCUCAAAUUUCUAUGGGCAGCUGCAGCUUGAUUCAGCAGGCUGGUCCUGGUCCGAAUGGUGGUCCUGGGUCGAAUGGUGGUAGUACUGUCCCUCAACCUCCGCCUCCACCUCCUCCACCUUCAGCUAACACCCCAAGCUGUGGCAUCAAGCCCCCCCAAAGCUGUGUAAUUGAACGACCACCAAGUGCAAGUCAGCAGCAACAACAAAAGAAGGUUUCUCAGCAGCAGCAACAGUCAAACCCUCAACCCCAGGCCGCACCCUCAGCACCACCACCUCCUCCCCCUCAGCAGCAGGCACUUUCUCAGUGCAGUAUGGGAAAUAGCUUUGCUUCCACACCCAUGAUCAUGGAGAUUCCCGAGAGUGCAGGAAGCGGUGGAAGUGGUCGGAGCAUUUACGACCGAAUGGGCCAGGACUUUGGUGCAGGCGGCUAUGCUCAACCAUCAGCCACCUUCAGCUUAGCCAAACUCCAGCAGCUUACUAACACCAUCAUGGACCCUCAUGCCAUGACUUACUCGCACACAGCUGCUGUCACAUCUUAUGCCACAAGCGCCACUUUGCCCAACCCCAGUUUGGCGCAGCUUGCUUCCUCCCCACAUCCUCCUUUGCCUCAGGCUCAGGCCACCAUGACGCCACCUCCAAAUCUCAGCUCUAGCUCCAUGAACCUUGGCACGCCCUUAAUCCAGUGCAACAUGCCAGGAGCCAACAUUGGCCUACCUCCACCCCAUACCCAGCGCCUUCAGGGUCAGAUGGCCACUGUAAAAGGCCACAUCGCUAUUCGCUCCAAGGCUUCCCAAAUCCCGGCCGGUUCCCCACACCAGCAGCAGCUCUAUGGUCGAAGCUCAAUGCAAGGUCCCCCUCGAGCCCUGGCAGUGCAAAGAGGCAUGAUGACCAACCUCAUGCCCACUCCAACUUACAACUCCAUGAACAUGAAUCCACUGAACGCAGCCAUGUCAGCUGGAUACCGAAUGCCUCAGCCCAUGAUGAACAGUGGGUACCACAGCAACUACAUGAACCAGCCUGCCCAGUACCCCAUGCAAAUGCAGAUGGGCAUGAUGGGAGGUCAGGCAUAUCCGCAGCAGCCUAUGCAGCCGAAUCACCAUGGCAACAUGAUGUAUGCUGGUCCCUCGCACCACGGCUAUGCCGGUGUCCCCAAACAGUCGCCUUACAUGAGCAGAUGAGCAAAGGAGUACAUAUGCAGAGACAAACAGGAGAGUAAAGACAAAGACAUUUAACCCCUUCCAGAAACAGACUCCCACAAUACUCUGUGUUACCAGAGGGCACCUGCUUUCCCCCAAGACCUGGAGAACAGUGUUUGCAGUGUGGAGGAACAGGACGGUGCAGCGACUGGAGAGGUUUUACUUUACAUGUCUUUACUCGUACAUUAUGGUGGAGAUGUUUUCACUCGGUUUCUCUCUACCGAAGCUGUGCAGCUGUAAUCAAGCUGACCAGGGUAAACGAUGUGAGGCAGGAACAAAUCUGUCCACAUCAUGCAAAAAACCGGGCACUCCUUUCCUUCCCCUGGUGUUCACUGCUUAGCACAGGGUUGAAGAAGAAACAAAGCAGCUGCAGGAUUAAAAAAAUGAACGGAGAAACAAACCGAAGUUCUUAAUGGACACAACCUGGCUCAUGCACAGUCUUUGGAAUUGACAUAGGAAGCCUUACCUUAAAAAAAACAAAAACAGUCGUAGUCGAACUUGGCUCUUAUUAUUAUUAUUAUUAUUAUUGUUAUAUUAUUAUUAUUACCACCACAUUUUUAUUUUUAAAUGUUCUCUUUUUUUGGAUGAGCGUUAAAAUGCUUGUGUUUCAGUCUAGCCUCAUGCUUAGUUUAAAUAUAUAAAUGUAUGUGUGUGUGGGUGUGUGUGCGUGCAGCUAUACAGGGGGGAAAGUGAUCCACACAUCUUUGCUCUUACGAACAUUCACAUGCACACAAUCAGACGCAUACACACUCCCACGCGCAUUUCAAUAGCCACUUAAGAGUCAAGGUGGAGGCACUUCUGCGUGUGCGAGACACAGAGCUACUAAGGAGACACCACGAGACGUAUCUAGUAAUCCGUGUCUUCCCAGUUCUCAGUAUAGGACCGCAUGUAUUAAGAUUCAGAUGGACGACGAAGACUGUACGUAGAUGUCCGGAAGUAGCAAGAAAGUACCAGUAGCGCUCCUCUGAACUUUCUAGAUGUAAAUAUUCUGGUACUUCCUGAUUCACAGCACAGACUCCCUAUCUGCAAAGCGAGUCAUCACCCCUCCCGAUCACAAAAACACACUCCACUUUGUCCAGUAGAGGGCACUCAAAUCGAAAGAGAUUUUUUUUUUCUUCUUUUCUUUUUAAGGUUUUUUUGUUUUUUGUUUUUUUGGUUCUUCAAACUGCACAGUGUACCACAAGAGUGGACGGGUUUCUUUUUCCUUUUAUAUAAAAAGCCACACUAAUACCAGUGGCACUCUGUAUACACGUUGACGCCUACUGACACAUGACCAAUCAUGGACCUUCAAAGCUUCAGCUGGUAAUACAGCGCUGUUAGCUUUUAGCGAUGAAGGAAAGGUGGACAGUAAUUCACAGCGGCGUGCUCGUGCACGCGAAACACAGACCAAGACACGUGCUAACAUCUUGGUUAAAGUGCAUGUCGUACAGGGACGGAUACCAGUAUAGGACAAGGGGCGAGUGAACUCCUUUGUAUUCCUUUGUAUGUCCAGUAUUCAGUGUCAAUAUGGGAAUUCUUAAAAGAUCUGAUGUUUUCAUAUAUUAUUUGUGUGGAUUCCUUUUUUUGUUUUGUUUUUUGUUAAUGUUCUUCAAUUUUGUUUUUUUGUUUGUUUUUCUGAAUUUUAUCAGACUGGGCAGCUUUCUUUUAUGACACAAGCUGACUCUUUUUGACUUUAGUAAACUUAUUGUAGAGAAAAUGUUUUUUCUAUAAUAUAAAACAAAAAGAUUGACAUGGAUAUUGGUACUGUCAUUUUUCACUUCUGUUUCAGGAAAAAAAAAAGAUCCUACAUAUUUUUUAGCUCAACUUGGGGUAAUAUUAUUAAGAAAUUCAAAACUAAAAAAUUGCAGCUCACUUCUAGUGAAUAAGAUGCCUUUAACCUUUCCAUUCCAUCUCAUCUCUAGAGUUUUCUAUCUUUGUGUAGUAUAUUAAUGAUAUUUUAAAACAAAAGGAGAUGACGAAUAUCUAAAGGUCAUUUAGCCGUUCUUUUUUUUUUCUCCCCUUUUUCUUCCCCCCUCCCCCACUCAUAAUUUUUUUUUCCCAUGUGUGUAUAGGACGACUUCCAUUUAAGAGGCAUGUAAAAAUGAGCUCCGUAUGUUUGUCUGUUUAUAUUGCUUCCCCUUUUUUAGUAUCCUUUGUAAUUGUACAUGGUGAGUUGUAAGCUAAGAGAGAGCGCGGUAGACGGAGAGAGAGAGAGCCCGAGCGACAGCGUGCCCGUCUCCUUCUCUCUCCUCUCUAUUUUCUCCUUGUAUGUAUUUCCAUUUAUUUGUUUCUUAUUUUUUUUCUUUCUUAGCAAGUACUUUCAAAGAACUCUGUACAUUUUAACAUGAAACAAAAAUAAAUUAUGUUGAGCCGUUUUA